GAUCCUCGGUCAGAGUCUUUCAAGUAUCCCUUGAACUUCGAUUUGGAUGGUAAUGGGCAUUGGGCUAGGUUCUAUCGACUGCUGGCUUUCAACUCUCUGCCAUUGAAACAGACUGUGUUCAAGGAGUGGCAUGACGAUAGACUCAUCCCUUGGGUGCAUUACGUUCCGAUAUCGCUGGCGAUGGACGAGCUACCAGAAGUGGUGAGAUAUCUGACCGAGGAGGAAGAGGGCCAGAAGAUAGCGAGGAAAUUGGCAGUCAAUGGCCAGGUCUGGAGUCAAAAAUCUCUCAAGCCAGUUGUAUAUCCUUAUAGGCUGAUGCUAGAGCUUGCGAGGAUAACAGAUCCAGAUCGAAAAGCU